UAGGGUUUUAGAAAAAUCUGGACUUCACUGUUUUGGGCUCCGACGAACAAAACUUCCAACCUCCAGCAGCCAUGGUGGAGCACCCAACCUAUUUCGUUUACUGACGCUUACUUUAUUUCGCCGGUGGCUUUGUGGGUGGGUUUACGGAACUGAUUUUGUUGAUUUAAUUUGCCGUUUCUGAGUGUCUCCUCUCCAAAAUCGACCCGUCGUUCUCUGUCCAUCGAUUUUCAGGUUGGUGCUGGUAUAAUGUUGAGGCAAGUGGUUGCCAAGUAUUCAAUAGGUAAAGCUGUGAUUUAUGGAAGUAACAGGGAAAAGCUUAGACCUUUCCUCUCCCAAACCAGUUGUGGGUUUCACAACGGACGGACAGUUUUUGCACCAAGAAGCUUCUUCGGUGUAGAAGAUUAUGUGGACGAUGACACAAGCCGACCAUACACAUACCAGAAAGAGAAGAAGUCGAAGAAUCCAGACAAACAUGUGUCGUUCAAGCAACGCACAGUCGCAUACAUGGAGCCUUUCACCCUGGAUGUCUUCAUCUCAAAGCGGUUUGUCUCGGCGUCUCUCACGCACCGUGUAACAUGUAGGCAAGUUGCUGUUGCGGGAACAAACUCGAAAGACGUGAAAGCUGUUCUGAGAUCAAGAUGUGAUAUCCCGGCAUGUAUGUCCAUAGGGAGGAUCUUGUCGGAACGUGCAAAAGAAGCUGAUGUUUACACGGCUUCCUAUACGCCGAGGGACCAAGACAAGUUUGAAGGGAAAAUCAGAGCGGUUGUCCAGUCCCUUAUCGAUAACGGCAUUGAUGUGAAAAUUUACCUCGACUAGAUGUAACAAAUGUUUUGUGCCCUUGCUAAAAUUAUGACAAAGUGUGUUUGUGAAACUGAAAUCCUAAUUAGCAAGUUAUCGCUCACCAUUCAUGCA